AUGCAGCGGCGAGAAACUGUCUCAAUGAGUGUGGAGAGACCUGUUAACUAUGAAGGAAUCUACAAAAUAGCAAAGCAAGAUACUGGGGUUGGGAAAUCAAGCAUAGUUUGUCGAUUUGUCCAGGACCACUUUGAUCACAAUAUUAGUCCUACUAUUGGAGCAUCCUUCAUGACUAAAACUGUGCCUUGUGGGAAUGAGCUUCAUAAAUUUCUGAUCUGGGAUACAGCUGGUCAGGAGCGGAUCCUGAGAGAAAGAGAGGACCUAGCAGCUGUGAUAGUUUAUGAUAUCACCAAACAGGAUUCAUUUCAUACUUUGAAGAAAUGGGUGAAAGAACUAAAAGAACAUGGUCCUGAAAAUAUUGUAAUGGCCAUUGCUGGAAACAAAUGUGAUCUUUCAGAUAUCAGGGAGGUUCCUAUGAAGGAUGCCAAAGAGUAUGCAGAAUCUAUAGGUGCAAUUGUUGUUGAAACCAGUGCUAAGAAUGCCGUUAACAUUGAGGAACUCUUUCAAGGAAUAAGUCGGCAAAUUCCACCCUUAGACCCUCAUGAAAAUGGUAACAAUGGAGCAAUCAAACUUGGAAAGCAGACUUCACAGACGGGUAGGCGGUGCUGCUGACCCAACUUGAUCUCUUUUGAUUUACUUGAAAAACAGCACCCUUUGCUUUUUCACUGAGAAAGGACUUCGUGAUCUCAGUGAUGUGGCUCCUUAUCUUGACAGCAGUAAUAUCAACACUCCCAAUGAGUAAUAAUGCAAGGACCAGAAGCAAAAAGCUUUACUUCAAAGGGAUUUUGCAAAACCCAGUUGGAAAAUCCUCUAAUAUCCUAUCAAAAUUACAGUGGCAAAGUACUCUGAUUCUCUGUUUAAGCCAAUGACUGAUUUUUUUAAAUAAAAAGAACCUUUUAUACAUAAACAAUUUUAGAUUUGCUAGAAAAUAUUCUCUUCUUACAUUGCAGAGUGGAUUUGGCAUUUUUUUUACAGUUUUCUGUGUAAUAGUGUGUAAAAAAAAAAAAAAAAAAACCAUAAAACCUGAAUUUUGUCUUGCAGUUUCUCUGCCAUUUUUCUAGCUGGACUCUGCUUCUGUGUUUUUCUAAACCUGUAGCUUCAUCUCAUGAUAUCAGUAAACAUCAGCAAGAAAUGGACUGAAUUUACUAAUUAGAAAUAUGGAUCCAAAUGAGUGCAGUUUUUACAGGCUGUAAGUCAAAAUCUGGGCCAGGAGAUGUUGAGCAUAUAAAAGAAGGAGUUGUCAUAAAGGAGAUGGCUGAACGCCAUGCAGUUCCCUGUCUGUCCCAGAAGGACCUGAAGUUCCAGCCAUUGCAUUUUGUCCAAAUGUACUUCCUUUCCAAGGCUGAGGCUUUACUAAUUACUAGAAUUGUAAGAACAUAAAUGCCAGCCUAAUCUUGGUUAUUUUUGAGGUUUCCUCCAAACCUGUCCCCUAGACUACAGUUCUCCGCUCAAAGAUAGCGCUUCCUUUGUAAGACAGAGAGCCACACCGCCACAGUGAGUCGAGAGGACACCAUCCUUGUCUCACUGUAGGUUUCCAGGAAGUGUCAGGGAGGUUGAUGGAAGAGCAAUACUUUUGUGCAAAAAUGGCUUAAGAGAGCAUGAUAUAAUUUGAGGUUACAGGCUGGAAUCUAACAAAAUGAAACGGAAUGUUUCUUUAAAAUGCAGUUGGUUCACAUGCAGAAUAGUCUCUUCACAGAUGUUGGGAUGUGGUCUGGCAGACCCUUUUCCAGUACCUUUAAAGCUUGAAUCACUUGAAAAUACAGUGUAGAAGAAAAAAAUGGUGGUUAUGAACUAGCAAUAAUGUAAAAUGGUAUGUGUUCUGCACCUCUAUCUUUUCUGAAUGUGUGUGACUGAGAUGAUAAAUUACAAAUUUCUCUUUUUCAUUAAUUCCAUUGGAAAUCUGAAGCAGGGUAAGAAGUGCAGACUUCAGAACCAGCCUGCAUUCUACAAUAUUAAUUUGUUUUCUUUUAGGAAAAUUAACCUUAUUGUACAUUUGAUGGGGGACUUGUAUCAAAAGCAAACAAAAGAGAAAAAUAACUUUACACUUUAAAUCAGGUGCAGGCAGGCUAGAGGUGGGCAUCCAUGUUUAUACACGAAAACAGACUUGAUUGCUUUGUUGUGAGAUUACUUUGAUAAAAUGGAACUGGCUAUUAGUGCCUGAACCAGAGCCAGCUGAAAUCUGCGGGAACGUUUCCUUGUCUUCAGAGGGCCAUUUACAUGUGGGAAAUAUCCCAUCUGACUUUAUCUAAGAAUCUAAACAACAGUAUUUUUUCACAUACAAUCCGUGUCUUAGAUAUUUUGGACUCUUUGGAAAGUACUCAUGCAUGAGAAUAUGUCCUUGGAUAAUACAUACAGAAUCAGAUACAGGGAACAAGCAGAAGAAAUGGGGUCUAAGGUAAACUUUCAGUUUUGUUACCUGUGCUGAUCUAUGAUCUGCACCACUGCUUAGUUGGAGAAAGCAUUUUAGAGAUAAUCCAGGGUUCCUCAAGUGACAAUUCAGCAGUCAUCUUAGCCUUUGUUGAUAGUGCGGGGAGGGAGCAGACAGGCUCUUUUAGGGAACGUUUCAUCUCAUCCUAGUUUAUAAGGGAGUCUGCCAGGGGUGCCUGUUGCUUUCUGCUGCCUAUUGAGGGAGCCCAGGCAACUACAGUAAUGCAGAUGAGGUUAGUCUGACCUUCAGCACUCAAGAAAUAUCAAACUGAUCAACAGCACAGAUGCAUAAAAUUUAUGGGACCUGUGCUGCGAGAAGUCUUGUUCUUCCUAAAUAAAUACCAGCAAAAGGCUGCCCCAGCUUCCAAGAAAACAAGGUGAGCCUGAACCAGCAUUUUUAAAGGUAUUAGAAAUUUUCAUUCAAUACACAUUAGUUGCACAUAACUGAUGUUUAAGUUGUUUUCAUAACCCGAAGUUUGGCAUACUUUUUUUUUUUUUUAACGUGGCAUCCAAAAACACAUUAACCUCUACUUGAGAUGUGUGAAAGCUUCGUAAUACAACUCAUGUUAGAAUCGGCAAUAGAUGCCAAUCUGUAUGGACUAAUUACUGCCCUAAACAACCAACUCUCACAGCUGCUGUUGAGCUGUAUGUGGAGCAGAACAGAUUUAUGAGUUAUAUGCUAAACAGCUUUAAAUUGGAAAUUGUCACAAUGGUUCUCUUGCAAAUUUUAAAAUUCAAAUGCUAGCAAAGUAGGCUUAAAGAUAUUCUUACGUUAGUUAGGCCAAAUCUAAAUCACCAAAUUCUAGUUUUAGUCCAGGAAAAGUUUUUAAUUAAUAAGUAUUUUGACUGAAUAAAGUUUUGAAAUUUGAAAUUUUUUACCUCUGAAGUUACAGGUGAAAGAAUAAUAGGCCACUGUGAUGUGCAGAGUAACUUGCAUUUGCUUUGUAGACAGGGCUAGCCUGUGACUAUGGUGCUGCCUAUCCACUGUGUGUCAAUCUGCCUUUUCAAAUGGGGAAUGGUUUGUUUUAGAAAUUAUGCUUUUCAAAAAUAAAAUUCAUGAUUUCAGCUUCCUUUUGUUGCUUGGAAAGUACUGCCACCCUUCAUAAAUAGUUGGAAAAAUGACAUACGAAAAAAUGGACUUGAAGGCAAAAGUUUCAGUAGCAGCCAUUGUUCCUCUUAGUAGUUAGUGGCUGGUUAAGAAUGAAGUUACUGUACGGGAGCACUUGACUCCAUAGCUGAUCUGCUCUAAUAAUAGUGAUGCAUUUCUACACUGGGCAGCUCUUGCUGGACUUGUCAAAGAUGGGUUUUCUCAAGAGAGCUGGUGACAGGACUGAAAUACAAGCUGCAGUGCCAAGUAUGUUUGGUGGAGUCUGUUUGCACCAUCACUCAAGACUGUGACAGUCCAGUUGUGGGUGACUGGCUUUUCUGGCUUGUCAUGAACUAGUUACUUUAAAAAAAUAAGAAGGAACUAGUUUUCAUAUAUGCUCUGCAUAUGUUUGUGUAUAUAAGUAUAGUUUUAUAUUGUUAUGCUGACAUGUAGUGUUUUUUCACUAUGUCUGGUUCACAUAUAUUCCAUAUUGUAUACUGUAAGUAGAUUUUUGGUUAAUGAUCAUUUCAUCUUGAUGAACUUAAAGCUACAGGUCUACAGGUUGAAGGUAGCAAUAAGAUGGAGAUGCACAUAGGUACAAUUGUUGACUUGCCAUUCUUAUGCAUGAAAAUGGCAUAUGACAGAAAGCGUUUGUCUUGCAGACUGAGAAAUAUGAAAAAGGCCAUUAUUAUCCAAAAACUGGGACUCCGAAGUAUUAGUUACACUCCAAAAAAGGAAAAAAAAAGUGAUUGUUUUUGUUUAUGGUACAGCUGUUCUAUCUGAAGUGCUUCAGCAUAGUCUGGGUCUCUAUUAAUUACUAGAGAAGUCACCUUUCAUCCCUUGUCUUCAAUACUCCUUCAUUGUACGUGGUAAUUAGCAUUACCAGAUAGAUUGUACAUGAGAGCAUUCUGACCCAUAAUCAGACCUUUUCAGUACAAUGACGAUCUAUUUCAUUAUCCUAACCUUAAUUAUUUAAACCAGAGUCAGUGAUAAAUUGUCAGCAUAAAGUGACACAUGCUAAGUACUCUUCCUCUGUUUUGUUUUAUGUAAGGGCUUUGACUGGGCUGGACCCACUCGCUUCAUGUAUGGGAUGCUGCAAUCUGUUAAUACUUUACCUUCUGUUUUACAUAUUAAUUGUAUCAUACCUAAUAAUAUUUUUUGGCCUAAAAUGUAGUUUUUGUGUUUUAUUUAACCUACAAUGAUUAACGCUAAUAAAUGUUUUAAAUACCUCUGAUUUGGGCAUGUCUCUGGUUUCAGUAAAGCAGAACAAAAUAAAUCACCUUUUUCACACGAUUUGCCCUUGGAAAAGGGCUCUCUGCAGUCUGUGGAUUGCUUAACUCGGAUUUAAAUGCUGCUUGAAACCUGUGCGACUGCCCUUUUGGCAGAAACUGAAUGCGUUCCGGAAGGAUCCUAGAGUGCAGGUGAGCCUUUUUAAAGAGCAAAAGAGUAUUUGAAAAUCCCUUUGCUAAAAGUUGUUUAAAUUACCCAGCAAAAGAGAGGUAUUUGAGCAGCCAGCACCAGCUUGGAAAUUUGGAAGGGAGGCUGUCAGUGAAAAGCAAGCUUGCAGUUACCACUCGCUUUGAAUAGCAAACAUGAGUAGUAUGGCUCAAAUCACACUUUCUAUUAUUUACAUUUUUAUUUUUAGGAGUAUGUUUCAUUUGUUUUUUUGAUGUCCCUAGAGCUUGUCUUUAGGGGUUAGAGUUAACACUCCCUUAAGAAGUAUGCAGUAAUUCAUACUACCUAG